GAUGGUAGCUACCGGAUUAUGUUUGCUAUUCCUCAUCGUCAUUGUUACCUCCAUUAAAAGCAGCUCCAUUUUCGAAUCAGAGGAAUAUAAUGGGUCAACACCGACUGUACACGGCUAUAGCAACGGAGAAGACGUCCUCCUAACACCAGCAAGUACACUUCCAGUGACUGCGACCACCACGCUGAUGACCACAACCCUCACACAUAGCACCGCCAGUACCACAACAACAACGUCCACCACAACUCCGUCCCCUUUUACAUCCGAACAGCUGCGGAUACUUACCAAGGUGCGGUCCGAGCCAGGCAUCCAUCUGUAUGAGACUAUCCCUCACAAGUUUAUAGCUGGGAAGAAGGACACCUGUUACAUACGGACGAUGCCCGUCGGAUUUAGGAAGCACACAACGUACACGCAUGUCUUGGAGUAUCCGCAAGUGACAGAGUUUGUGAAGUUCCGUGUGGAAAGUCCACCGAGUGCUGCCGGUCCUAGCUACAUGACGGAGUACUGGGUAUUCAGCAACCAAUUGACUUAUCGGGUUAACUACCCAGUGAGUGCGAGCACAUGGGAUUUCGAAAUUCAGUACAACUUGUGGCCCAUGCACCCUGGGGUCCAUGUCAUCCAAACUGAGGUACUCGACAAUGGGACAUUUCAGGUUAGCAUGGAUGGCAAGCAGCAUGAUUCCACAAAAAGGAACUGCGAUGGUUUCGAGGACGCGAGGAUUCAUAGGGUGGUUGACCAAAAUAGUGCAUCGCUUACAGUCUUCGAAAUUCAUAUCACAAACGGAAGGAACUCGUCAGUGCUUUUCAAUCAGGUGUCGGAAUUUGUUGCUCCCGAAGCUGGGCUCUUUGAGGGAGCAUCCGUCGUCUGGGAAGGGGAAGCAAAUGGAGAGUUUUCGGUGACAUACAAAAGUGAGACCAUCUACAGGAAAAGAUCAGCAAGCCCAAGUCUUCGUCUUGUCAUGAAAGUGUUAUCGGGAAUUAUUCACAUUGGCCUGGCAGAAGAACCACCGCAGCAGUACACAGCAGACAUAAAAGCCCGUGGAAUCGCAUAUGAACUCAAGCUAUCCAAGGAAUUCAAGAUUCGCAACUUUACUAUGAUAACCGGCAAUGGUGUCACAACAAAUGGGUUGUGCCUCGCUCCCUGAGAGCAGCAUGCAUCUGAUGUAUAGCUAAUUAUCGUCAUGCUUUCCUCAACACAUAAGUAGUCAAUAAAAUGAAUACAGUA